UUUUUUAAUAAAAUAAAAAUUAAAAUAAAUUAAUUGGUAUUUUAUAAGAAUUCAAUAUAUGACGGCAUGGAUUCUCCAAUAUUGUCGUUUAGUUUUGUAAUGGACAUUUAAAAAAAAAGACGUAAGGGUCUGUCUACUAAACCAAUCAAUAUGAGAUACAACUUCAAUAUUACGGACUAAUAAUUGACAUCCACUAUUUUAAAAUUAACUUAAAAAAAUUCAAACUCAAGUGCUGCCACCUAGAAAAUAAACUCGGCUCUAAUUUAAAAUGAAAAUAAAUAAAGAUGGCGGCGUUUUUGUAAACUUGACUUUUGAUAUUUGACAACAAAAAUAAAUAAAUAAAUAAUUUGCAAUUAAAUCGCUAAUUAAUUAUUCAAAGUAAUUAAAGUUAAUUUAAAAUAGAUGUCAUACCCAGAAUCAAUGUAUGGUACGAUGGGUGAUCACCAGGUCCAACCGGAAGUGAGACAGUGGUUCGAAGCCGUUGAUAGAGAUCGCAGUGGAAGAAUAAGUGCACUUGAAUUAAAAGCUGCUCUAGCUAAUGGCCAAGGUGGUACUUUUUCUGAUACCGCUUGCAACAUGAUGAUUGGAAUGUUUGACAAAGAAAAGACAGGAACAAUUGACUUAAAUGAAUUUCAAGCUCUGUACAAUUAUAUAAACGCAUGGUUGAGCGUUUUUCGUGGUUACGAUCGUGAUAACUCGGGCAGUAUUCAAGAAAACGAAUUGUCAGCAGCCCUUACACAGAUGGGCUACAGAUUUACUCCCGAAUUUAUUCAGUAUUUAAUUAAAAAAAGUGAUUUUAACGAUCACUCUAGUAUUACUGUCGAUCAGUUCAUCGUAUUGUGUGUGCAGAUACAAAAAUUCACUGAAGCAUUCCGUGUACGUGAUACUGAGCAGACAGGAGUGAUAACCAUUAGUUUUGAAGACUUUUUAACUGUGGCCUUAAGUUGUAAUGUUUAAUUUUCAAUUCCCUUUAAAUUAAAAAUUUUUUUUUUUGCACAUAGACUUAAUUAAUCGCUUGUAGAUUUUUUGUUUUCAUCCGUUGACUUCUCCUCAAUGGAUUCUAAUAAUAAAAUUGAUAUUUUAAUAAUUAA